AUGCGGAUCAAACCUCCACUGUUCACAAGGACUAAGGCAGAGGAGGAUCCAAAGAACCUUAUAGAUGGACUGCAGAAGGUAUUCCGCAUUAUGCAUGCUACUGAGACAGAAGCAACAGAGUUUGGUGCUUUUCAGCUACAAGAUGUGGCCCAUAUCUGGUAUGAGUCAUGGGAACAAUCCCGAGGGGAGGAUGCACUUCCUACUAAUUGGGAUGAGUUCGUUGAUGCUUUUCUUGACCAUUUCAUGCCUAUUAAGGUUAGGGAAGCAAAAGUGAUGAAGUUCGAGAGACUAAGGCAAAAUGACAUGACUGUCCAGAAUUAUUAUCUCAAGUUUGUGUCAUUAUCCAGAUAUGCUCCUCACAUGGUUCCCGACUUGUGGGAGGCAAUGGUUAGAAGAUUUGUACUUGGGCUAAAACCCGAAUUGCACAGGGAUGCUAACACUGCUGCUCAAAAUGACAAGAUGACUAUUUCUAAGAUAUUGGCAUUUGUGCAAGGUAACGAGGCUGAACUUAAGGAAGCAGAAGCACUACAGAAACAGAAGGAUAGGGAAUUCAGCAAGAGGGCCAAGUCUUCAGGUAACUUUAAUCAAGCUGGGGCUAGGCAGUUCUUUAAGAACAAGUUAUCAGGACCCACUCUAUCCACGGCUAGUUCCCCGGUCCCAAAGUUCCUGAAUGAUAAGAAACACAGCUUCAGGCCAACAGGUUCCUACUCUCAGGCUAGUGUGGGUCGUCAGGGUACAGAGACCCGUGGAGAUGUUGUCACAGGUAUGAUAAUCGUCUUCACUUAUGAUGUUUAUGCUCUCAUGGACCCCGGAUCCACUCUAUCCUAUGUAACCCCCUUUAUUGCUAAGAAGUAUGGGAUGGAACCCGAAAAGCUGCGUGAACCCUUUGAAGUAUCCACUCCAGUUGGAGAAUCAGUCGUAGCUAGACGCAUCUAUAGGGGUUGUCUAGUUAUGAUCUAUCACCGCAGAACCAUAGCAGACUUAGUAGAGUUAGAGAUGGUAGACUUUGAUGUGAUCAUAGGCAUAGAUUGGUUAAAGUCAUAUUAUGCCACGGUAUGUUGUAGAACCAAAAUACUGAGAUUUGAGUUUCCUAAUGAACCAGUUAUAAAAUGGGAAGGUAAUUCAAUAGUACCUAGGGGAAGACUUAUUUCUUAUUUAAAAGCCAGAAAAAUGAUUUCCAAGGGUUAUAUCUAUCGCUUAGUGCGAGUCAGGUAUUCAGAUGCCCAAGCUCCAGCCCUCCAGUCCGUUUCAGUCUUUAAUGAAUUUCCAGAGGUCUUUCCAGAAGAUUUUUUCGGAGUCCCUCCUGACAGGAAGAUUGACUUUGGAAUUGAUUUACUUCCCGACACUCAGCUGAUAUCUAUUUUGCCAUACAAAAUGGCUCGAGUUGAAAGAAUUAAAAGUCUAGUUGAAAGACUUCUUGACAAAGGGAUUUAUUAG